AUGACCGUCUCGAGUUGGGACCACAUGGACACGAUCCAUUCCAACAUGGGCAAGAUCGUAAAGCAGCCAGAUCAGUCCCGCGUUCAGGUAGUACCGCAUGAGGACGAGCGAGACGGAAACGACAAGCAGCAAGCGCGCACUGGCGUUCAUCUCCUCGGCCACCAGCAUGUUGUGGCCGACCUCAGCAACGACACCAAACACGAGGAUGGCAUGGACAUCCUCGGUCCUCUCGCCUCCAUCUCGCUCGACUUGGCCCAAACCAAUGGCCAUGGUGCCAAGAUCGUCCACAUCAAGGACAUUCGGCGCUUCAAGUUGUCCAUGCCGCUCUACCCCGAACGUGCCAGCGGACCCGUCCACGUCGCCAAGAAGGCUACGACUUCACAGUAA